GAUAGAUCAAGCACGAAUAUUUGCUUUCUGGAGCAACAGACUUGAAUAAUUAUAUCUGAUUCGAAGAGUCAAAGUUCAUUUUGUCAGGGAUUAACUAGUUACUAUAGUUGCUAGAAUGGAAGCGGUGAGUGGCAUUCUUCUCUUCUUGAUAGCAGUUGGAGUUUAUGUUGCUUGUUCUCUAUACCUGCUACGCAAUCCACUCAUUAUUCAUAGAAGGAAACGACUGGAAUUCUACUGCAGACACAUUUCACACAGAGGAGGGUGUGGAGAGAAGAUAGAAAACACAAUAGAAGCGUUUACGCAUGCUGUUGAUGUGGGGACUGAGAUGUUGGAGAUGGACUGUCACCUUACUCUGGAUGGAUAUGUUGUGGUUUCGCAUGAUGAAAACCUUUUGAGACAAUCAGGAUAUGAUAACACAAUAUCAUCACUUAGAUUCCAGGAUUUGCCUCUUUAUGAAGAGAAACUUGAGGUCACAUUCUAUGUUGGACACUACAGUUCAGGAAAGGACAGAAGGUUUGCAUUACUUGAGGAUGUCUUCCAAAAAUUUCCCAACAUGCCCAUGGUUCUUGAGAUUAAAGAAAACAAUGACUUGCUCAUUAAAAAGGUCUCGUUUCUUAUAAAGAAGUAUGGCAGAGAUGGUAUUACAGUCUGGGCUUCUGAAAAAUCUGACAUAAUGGUUAAAUGCCAGAAAGAGAACCCACGCAUGCCCUACAUGUUUACUAUGAGGCGUGGAAUACUACUUUUAUUGCUCUUUUAUACUGGGCUCCUUCCCUUUGUGUCUCUGGGUGAAAGUCUACUUAUGUUCUACCUGCCCAGGAUUAUCAACAGGACUUAUAUUCCAGAGGAAGCCAUUCUGAAGAAAAGUUUCGCAGUGUAUUUACUUCAGAAGUUGACUAUGCGAAAAUGGUUGUUUGAACAUUUGAUCAAGAGGGGUUUACAGGUGCAGCUGUUCGUGUGCAAUGAGGAGAGUGACAUGGCAGCUGCGUUUUCUAUAGGAGCCACAGGUGUUAUGACUGACUACCCCACCCUGCUAUCAAACUACAUUGAAAAACACCCUCCACCUCCCACUGUUUAUUAGAUAUUUUUUUAAAGCACACUAAACACUGCAUUACCAUUGGAUAAAUAGGGGAUAAUUCACGGCUAACCGCGCAUUAAAGGAUUUUAAUGCACGAGGCGAAGAACCGCACAACGAGGCGAAGAACCACCCAACGGCUAACCGUGGAUUAUCCCGCUUAUACCAUGGUCAUUUGCCAAGUUACAAACAAGUUAAAGCUGUUAUUGAUGUUGGCAGUGCCAUUUUUGAUCAGACAAGUGAAAAUGAUGGUUAUAUUUAGCAACGCCAAGGUCAUGGGUUCGAUCCCCUCAUAUAGUCAGAAAUUAAUGUAUAGUACAAUGCAAUGUAUGUCACUUGGGAUAAAAGCAUCUGCCAAAUGCAUAAAUGUAAAUGUACCCGUUAUUUGAUGGAUUUAAUGAAUUUACUUAUGAAU